ACUCAUACAAGCGUACCCGUUGCAAUAUACUACUACCACAUCCACAUUAUAAACCUGGAGAACACGUUCGGGUACGCUUACCAUGCCCAUCGCUGUCACGGAACCGACAAUGUUGCCUACCGAGGAAAUCUUGCGUACGGCUUUGGCCGAGCACGAUGCUCAAGAGGGUGAAGCUGUGGACCGCUCGGAGGUCAUCAGUAAAGCUUUCGUAGCUCUGGAUUCUCCAGGAAAUAUUCCUUACUACCGUCCAGGCAUCACGGCGCCAUUAACCGUCUGUCGAUUCCGAUGUAUGCUACAAGACACCGGAUACCCCCUGGAGGUGUACAUGCCCCCGGCCGAAUCUGAUGGCCUCGAGGGUGGUGACAGCGGGGCGAACAAUCUAUAUGGCAACUCGGUCGACUGGUCGAGGUUGAAGGAGCGAUGGGUCGGCUGGGGUGUCGAAAUUCCGGGAGAGCAACCCUGGAUCAAGGCCGAACUGGAGGGGUCCUCGACCCUGAUCAGCGGGUUUGAGGGCCUAUCAGUCGAUGCCCGAUCGUCGCCAGUGGCACUGCCGACUAGCGUACAUGGCAAAUUUCCCGAAACCAGUGCCAAGGGAAGCUAUACAGGAGCGCUCUUGAAGGUGUAUGAUCCGGAAACGUCCUAUCAAGCUGCCUCGACAUAUACCUUUACUGGUAUCCUAUCCACAUCUUCUCUACCUACGAUCGACGACCAGGACGAGAUGGACGAGGGAGAGUCAUCAUCCACUUACGUGCCGACUUUGCACGUUCUCAGUUCGCCUUAUCCGGUCUACCCUUUGCAGUCCGCCUCUAUCGCGACCGAAGCUGAUGCCGAUCGAGAAGAAGUCCUCGAUCAGCUCUCUGGGGCUUUCGGUGUGGACGACCGGUUAUCAGCCGAAUUCUUAUUGCUCGCCUUGAUCUCCUCGGUGACGACCCGGGUGUCGGGGGGCUUCCCGCUAGGAUCGUUAUCGCUCAACAUUCUCCUUCCGAAAGGCCCCGAUGCCGCCGACCCACAGGCGUUCAAGCGGAUCGUGAAUACCAUCUCCACCGUCUCGCCGCUCGUAUCGCCUGCCGAACUCUCGAUCAACUUGAUCUCCAAAGGCUCGUUCUACCCAUCCAUGGUCAAUGCUGCCGGAUCAACAGGUCUCCAAUCAGGCGUGCUGCAACUAGCACCUUCGACCGUGGUCGUGAUGAACGAAGAUACUCUAGAAGGAGGUGACCUAAAAGAUCGCGCUGUCGACAACCUCAAGGCGUUGAUGAACGUCUUCAAGAUGCAAAAGCUGCGAUACAAGUAUCCCUUUGUCGCAGAAGAUUUCGGCAUGGACGUGGAUCUCGGCCUCGUCGUGGUCGGCCAGGGCAAAAGUUUCCUGCCAGUUGACCUUCACGUCCCAAUCCUGUCUAGCCAACCCGUACCGGGAACGAAACCGAUUGACGACAACAGGCUCAAGGCGAUCAGACGAUACAUCUCGGAAGCUCGUGCGGCCGCCAAGUCGCUAUCGAUACCUGACGAUGUAGCCGAACACAUUCAGAGCGAGUUUGUGAGGUUACGAAAGAAGGCUACUGAGGAGGGGAAGACCGUAGGGGAGGAGGAGCUGAAGCGUUGGAUGAAGAUUGCCAGGUUACUAGCCCUUUCGCACCCUCAUCGUGUUUUGACCAAGGGUAUUUGGGAAAGGGUGCUGUCCAUGGAUGCGGAACGUCUAAGCAGAUUGGAGACGCGAUAGGGCCACUUGAGAGUGCACA